GCUCAAGUCCCAUAGGCUCAUUUUAUUGCUUUCAUAUACUAGCGUAGGCUCAUGUCAACAUCAUAAUUUUCUCUUUCUUGCGUGACAAGCAUCGUGGCGUAAAUCUAGAAAAUAAGCAAAAUACAGAACGUCUAUUGACGCGGUGUCGGUCUGCGCAGGUAGCACGGCCGCGCAUUGUACCUGAAAACGAACCUCCCUUUUGUUCGCUGUCUGUGAUUCACUACGUUAUCAGGUCGGGAGAGGAGCACGGCAAAAGUGUCCAGGAUCUCGUGGUUUGAUGUGUAGAUUUUCGUAUAUUGUGGUUCGCUUUAUUUCUUCUGUGUCUACCGAUCGGUCGCAAAUAAAGAUGAUGUUGCGUGGGCGAGGUGGUGAUUUGUAUGCCGCUGGUGCACGGCCCAAAGCUCAAAAUUCAUCGAACACGGACCGCAAAAAUCAACUGCCAAGGUUCGGGAACGAACUUGCGGGCACCACGGAACAGGACGCUAGAAAAGCGCAGCCAAAAAUCCAAUCUCAGACAACAACCACGAAUUCCCCGGAUUGGGUAGCAGCGCAACGAGCCCAGGCGGAGGCCAACGAGCGGGAAAUUGUGUUGCUCCGGCAGGCCAUCCGCGACCUGGACGAGACGGACGAAAAAUUGCGGGAUGCGCAGAUUGUGGCGCUGCAGCAGGAGGAAGACACCAGUUUGGUGCGGGACGAGGUGGUCCUGCUGCGCAAGCGGGAAGCGGAGCAGCAAGCCAAAAUCGAUGAAUUUUCCAUGGAGGUCCACCUAAUGCGCCAAGAAAUCGCCGCGCUGCAGCGCCAGAGUGCGGUUCUGCGCCGUCGUCGCCACUUCGACCUGUUGCGCCGGCGGAAGGAAACCUUCGUUUGCCCGGAUGCACUGGUGUCCGAAACCGAGCUUCAGCUCCUGUUUGCGGAUUACGCCUUUCGACUCGACCAGUCGGUUGCAGUAGACUUUUACGAGCAGGACGAGACCACACCGGAAACAAUUGCAGUGCGUGCAAAGGACCUUCCCGCACUGUGGAACGAUCUGUACAUCGCCAACGCGCCACUUGGAUCACAUGAGCAGGGGAACGAGCAGGGUACUAUCGGUUCUGCACUCCGAGGAAGUGACGCGCACGCGACGACAAAAUUGGCAAAAGAUGUGUACGACAGGUUGAUUGCACCACACUUUCGACACGCGAAGCACGUCCGCUGGACGGAUUUUGUCGAGAGGUUUCCGAAAAUUUGGGCCAAAGUGGCGCACCACAUGCAGCAGAGCACCGGCAAAAAAGGGCUGCUGCACGACGACGAGGAAGACGAAGACAGCGACGAAGUGCACGACGAGAGCUACAGCUUCCAAACAGGUUUGGAAGAUACUGGGGCGAAAAAUCAAUCUCCAACGAAAAACGGGAAGCACCGCGCAGGCACGGCCGCAUCGACGGCGAUGAAGCGUGACCGAGCUUUCGGAGCAGCUGGAGCAAGCAAACGCUUUUUUUCGAAUCGCGAACACCAGAGCAAGAGCAAAGUUCAGGACAACGUUCUUGACGUAGAUCAUGAAGAAGUGAAUGACGACGGUGCUGGUGCAGAAUCCGGAAAAGAGGAGGACCUUGAGGAAGAAAAUGAAGAAGAGGAAGAGCUCGAGGAGGAGCCGCUAGAGGAAGAAAAUGAAGAGCAGGAUGAUGUGUAUGACCCAUACCACCCACCGGACGAAGAUGGUUUCAGUUUGAUGAAGUAGUCGGGUUUUACUCAGUCGUGACGUGCAGAUGGAGCCACUUUCUCUCGUAUCCAUAGUUUGUGAGAGACAUGAUGAAGUAUUGAUUGUUCCUAGAACGUUGUCAGAUUCUUGAGACACCGUGCAGCACCUAUCAAC